CACGUACGAAACAUUCGGUGCAACAACAGAUCAAAAACGCGCCGGUGAUAGACAAAUGAAAUUAUCGCGUUUAAACGUACGGCGAGAUUCUUCGCGAGCUUUUCAGUAGAUGUUUCGAAAUAUCACAAGAGAUGAGAGAGACGUCUCGUUUAAGAAGCGAUUAAAAUAAUACCCGUGUUUUUCCAUACUCGAAACAACCGCUCCGGCGUCACUCACCUCGACAAAAUACAUUAUUUAUCGCGUGGCGCGCAGAUAAAGAUAAAAGUUGAAAAAUAAGAAACGGCUAUUCUGUGAACGUCGGCGGUCGAUACAGAAUCAAGUGAAAUCGUCAGCAUUUUGCGUCAGCAUCGGAAACAUCGGCCGAUUUUUGACGCCUGGUGUCAGUGGGGUCAUCGAUGAAGAGACUGUAUCGCCGGUACUUCCAACCGGGAUAAUACUAGAGCCAGUGCACGACCGAUCGGUGCGGAGAAUAGACGAUGAUUCGCUUUGGCAUUCGUGGGAGAUCGGUUUGCUUCGAGAGUCUCGAUAAACAGCUGGAGACGUUGGGCAGUAUCCGCGAGUCGUCCACGAUUUUUAAGAGCAACUCGGAACGUACGAUACCGAAACAGCGUUUAAGAUGUUUGAUCGAUUCCGAAACGCGGUCAAACGGAACUGAAGGCCGUCGGUCGUCGUCAACGGCGUCCGCGUCCACGGCGCCGACGCCACAGCCAAGGAAAACCUGCUUGCACGACCUUCACGUGGAAAAUAGAGGUAAAAUAAUCAACUUCUCCGGCUGGUUGCUACCGGUGCAAUAUCAAGAGGCAAUAGCCGUGUCUCAUCAACACACGAGAACUUUUGCAUCGCUCUUCGAUGUCGGUCAUAUGUUGCAAACGCAAGUUUCUGGAAAAGACGCAACCGAGUUUUUGGAAUCACUGACCACCAGUGAUCUAAAGAAUUUGAACAGAGGCAGCGCGAUUCUCACGGUAUUCACCAAUGAGAAUGGAGGAAUUCUCGAUGACCUGAUAAUUACAAAAGACGAUGAUGACAAAUACUUUGUGGUGUCUAAUGCUGGAAGAAGGGACGAAGACUCCGAGUUGCUGCUCCAACAACAGGAAAACUUCAAACGUCAUGGGAAAUCGGUAAAAUUGCAAUUCCUAGAUCCUUUGGAGCAAAGUCUCAUUGCGUUACAAGGUCCUACAGCUGCGUCGGUUCUUCGAUCGAUUAUGAAAAUCAACCUGACACAUCUGUCAUUCAUGAACAGCGUGGAAACUACAGUAUUUGGAAAUCCAAUCAGAGUAACUAGAUGCGGAUAUACGGGAGAAGAUGGCUUCGAAAUAUCGAUGCCAGCGAAAAUUGCGCGUACAUUGGUACAAGCGGUCUUAGACACGCCUGAUACGAAACUAGCUGGUUUGGGAGCUAGGGACAGUUUAAGACUAGAAGCUGGUCUUUGCCUCUAUGGGCAUGAUAUCGAUGAAGAAACUACACCAGUCGAAGCUGGACUCACUUGGCUCAUAGCCAAAAGAAGAAGAGAAGAAGCAAACUUCCCAGGUGCAAAGAGGAUACUCUCACAGAUCAAAACAGGAACUGUGAAGAAACGAAUAGGAUUGACGGUCGUGCAUGGUCCGCCGGUUAGAGAAGGAGCGUGUAUAUUAACUCCAGAAGGUGAACGUGUUGGCAAAAUUACUUCAGGUGGUCCUAGUCCAACUCUUGGACGUUCUAUCGCUAUGGGAUACGUACCACCGGAAUUGGCUCACUAUGGUGGUGGAAUAUUGGUCGAAGUUCGAGGGAAAACGUACAAAGCAACGGUCACAAAAAUGCCUUUUGUGAAGACAAAUUAUUAUACGGCAAAGCGAUCGACUUAACUACGUUCUACCGUGGAAUAUACUUAGAUGUAUCUUCAAAUUUCUGACUCACGAUUUGAUUUGAGAGAUGAUCGAUGAACAUUACGAAUGUAUAUCUAAUUAUUGUAUCUUUUUAUUAGAGUGA